AUGAAGUGUCUCCUGUGCCUGUGUUUAUUUCUUGCUGUUCUUUGUGCUGUAACCCACUGCCACCAUGAAGACAUUUGCCAUGAAGUCAAUACUAAGCUGCAUGAUGGAACAGAAAGUUUAUUAACAUAUAACUGUGACGAGGAGGCACACUCUAACUAUGCAGAUUUUGUAUUUAGAUUUUACAGGGAGGCUAUAUCACAAGAAGCUGAUAGAAAUGUUUUCUUUUCUCCCAUAAGCAUCUCCACUGCCUUCGCCAUGCUGGCUGUUGGUGCUAAGUCAACCACCCUGGCUCAGAUUUUUGAAGGACUGGGCUUUGACAAUUUGACUGAGACUCGCAUACAUAAUAUGCAUGACAGUUUUCACAAAGUUUUAUCAGUACUGAACUGUGCUGAUGCUAACAUCACAUUAAACAUAGGGAAUGCCCUUUUUACAGCUAUUGGGUUUGAACCACAGGAGUCAUAUUUACAAAAUACCAAACAAUUUUAUGAUGUAAAUGUUUUUUCUACCGAUUUCCAUGAACCAGAAGAAGCUCAGAAGCAAAUCAAUAAAUAUGUAGCGGAGAAAACCAAGGGGAAAAUUCCUGAAUUAGUUGGUGGUCUUGAUCCGAGUACAGUAUUGGUUCUUGUUAACUACAUUUAUUUCAAAGCUGCCUGGGAAAACUCAUUUGAUCCUUUGCUGACAUAUGAGGAUGAUUUUUUUGUGGAUACAAAUACAACUGUUAGAGUCAACAUGAUGCAACGAGACAGUAUCUUUGACAGUUACUAUGACCAGGAUCUCUCUUGUGAGGUGGUAGAGCUGCCUUACGAGGGCACUACACGAGCAUUGCUCAUUCUGCCUGAUGAUGGAAAGAUGAAGCAAGUGGAAGAUGCUCUCUCCAAGGAAACUCUUUGUAAAUGGGAUAGCAAAUUUGUGACCAGGAGUUUAAAUCUGAAAUUACCCAAGUUUUCUAUUAGUGGGUCUUACAGCGUUAAAAACCUGUUCAAGGAAAUGGGCAUUACUGAAGUGUUCUCAGGUAAUGCUGAUCUGUCUGGAAUUAGUGGCAGCCACAAUCUUCACGUUUCAGAAGCAAUUCACAAGGCCCUGUUGGAAGUUGAUGAGACUGGAACUGAAGCUGCAGGAGCCACAGCUGUAAUCUUUACCAGAGUCUUCUAUCCUUCUGUUACCAUUACAUUCAACAGGCCCUUCAUUAUUUUGAUUUCUGACAAACGAACCAGCAGCACACUUUUCAUGGGGAAAAUUGUUGAUCCUACGAAGAAGUAA